UUUCCUACUCCAGAAUCCCCCUCAGUCUCUCUCAGCGAAGCUCUUUCUUCAGUUACUCCCAAAACCUUUUUCCAACUUAAACCCUAACUAACUCCUGUUGAAGUAGCUCUAAGAGUGGGAAGAAUAACUGAGUCUUGGGAGUGGAAAUGGCAGCCGUGGGACAGCCUUUUAGUGGCAAUAUUAAGAAAGCUCUUGCUGGUAUAAGACGUAUCAAUCUGGAAGGUCUAAGAUGGAGAGUGUUUGAUGCCAAAGGCCAGGUCCUGGGAAGGCUGGCAUCACAGAUAUCUACCGUGGUUCAAGGCAAAGAUAAACCAACGUACACACCUAACCGUGAGGAAGGAGAUAUGUGCAUUGUGCUCAAUGCAAAGGAUGUCUGUGUCACCGGGAGAAAACUCACUGAUAAGUUCUAUAGGUGGCACACUGGUUACAUAGGCCACCUAAAAGAGAGGAGUCUGAAAGACCAGAUGGCUAAGGAUCCAACAGAAGUUAUUCGCAAAGCUGUCCUGCGUAUGUUACCAAGAAACAAGCUGCGUGAUGAUAGAGAUCGGAAAUUGAGGAUUUUUGCUGGCGAUGAGCACCCUUUUAGUGACAGACCUCUAGAGCCGUAUGUGAUGCCUCCUAGACAAGUUCGUGAGCUGCGCCCUCGUACAAGGAGAGCCAUGAUUCGAGCUCAAAAGAAGGCCGAGCAACAGCAACAGGGUACAAACAACACAAGUAAAAGAAAAAAGAACAAGGAGGUGGAAGAAGAAGCAGUGAGCGCAUGAAACAGAACGCACUUUCUCAUAUGACUGAGUUUGACCUCUAUUUGCCAGCCAUAACGCGAUCCUGGCAUAGCUACUCAGAUGAUUGAGGAUUUUCUAGUACCAUAUUUUGAGCUUGGAAUUUAUUUUUCUGGUUAAUGGGAUGCGUGUAUUUUUCAUUACUUUGAUGUUAUAUUUAGGACAAAAAUAUACACUUGAGCAUCAUUAUUGCCACAUGAUGCACCAAUAAGCUCAUUCUCUUAUGCUCUGGCCAGUAUGCUCUCUUAUGUAGAACUACUAGUUAGUAGAAAGGUGUGAACUGAUAAUGUGUAGUCAAUACUGACAAUUCUUGUUUUUCAAAGAGGGAUAGUCUUAAACUUGUGCUGAUG